AAGAAGAAGAAGAAAAUAGAUAAAUCUGGGAUUUUGUGCACCAAGAGUGUAGUGGAAGUUUCCGUGCAGACACUGAACGCAGCAGCAUUAUCCACCGUAGCAGACUCAGCAGAAAGCCGUCCGUUGUCUUAUCAGAAUCAAUACGAAUUAAAGCAACAAUGAAUGUCUCUCAUGAAGUGAAUUUGCUGUUGGAGGAGAUUCAGCGACUCGGCAAUAAAAAUGCUGAUGGUCAAACCACAGUCAAGUUUGGGGUCCUAUUUAAUGACGACCGGUGUGCCAACAUCUUCGAGGCGUUGGUGGGCACCCUGAGGGCAGCCAAGAGGAAAAAGUUUAUCGCAUUCGAGGGCGAGUUGCUUCUGCAGGGCGUCCAUGAUGACGUUGAUAUCAUCCUGCUCCAGGAAUGAUGUCAACGUUUGUAUCAGACGGUCUUCUAGCAACUCACGAGCUUCGGCCGUCUACCGGCUUCUCACUGAGCAUCUGUUUUCAGUUAUCUUCCUUUAUGUGCAGGGCUCAGUAUUUUAAUUCAAACGGAUUAGAUCAAACGGUACGGACCCAGCUGGCAUGUCUGCAUAUGAUUUCAUUUGAUUCGUCUGUGCCAAACAGUAUCACAAAGAGUUAUUUGAGAAUGUUUUUCGGGACUGAAAAACAGCCACAUUCAUGGUUUCAGAUGACAAAGAAAAUAUGUGUUUCUCUCCUUCUCCGGCGCUGCUGUUAUCAACCACGGGACUGAAAUGUGAUUUUUGAUACACUUUUAAGACCAUAAGUGCACAAAUCAGGAAUGUAUCAAUUUGUGUUCAUUUGGGAUUUUUUUUUGUUAAUUUUUGGAGAUAUUACAGUUUAAGGUGGUUUUCACAACCAAAAGCUACUCUUGAUGGUGUCAGUGACAGGAUUAAGGACACACAGAACACGAUACUUUGACAUUUUGAUUAGAACUCUCUGAUCUUGACAAAUACUUGAUUUUAAAGUUGCACAAUUUUUAUUUGUUUCCCUUUUAACAGCCUCAAAUGGCACCGGGAGUUAAGACUGCAUUACUUCAAAAUCGUGUAAUGCAUUUUCACAUAGACUCUAUUGUAUCCGCUUUAAGACAACGAUAAGUAUGUUUCCACCAACAGUGUCAGCAAAAGGCAGUUCCAUUUAUUGUUUACAUGAGCCAUUCUACUACCUCUUGUGGACUUUGUAAAAGAACAUUAUAAGACCAGUGCUUUUAGAAAUACAAGAACAAUUCCUUCAUAGAAACAACAAAGACAAGUGCAUUUCAAGAAAAACUUUUGCACCGUUUUGUACUUGUUGCAAUCUACUAGAGUAGUUUUUAUUCCAUCUUUUUACACGUGGUCAAAAGUGAGUUUUCUCUGCUAAACAAACUCUUAAACUUGCCUUUUGUAAGAAACAGUCGAUGAGCAAAUGGGGAAUGUAUUUCUUGUGCAAUUUUUAUCAGUGUAUGAUAAUUACAGGGUGAUUGGUGCCAGAUGCGAAAGAUGAAUUUGCGAUGUUUCUCAGGACCAAAUCAACAGAACCAAAAUAUGUUUAGUAAAUGUCCUGUAGCUUAAAUUAGGUGUCUUACUUUUGACACAAGAUGUGCAUUUUUAGUUGUAUUGGGGGUUUUUUUUUAUUUGAUUUUUCCAUUCUUUAUUCUGUACUGUAGGUCAAAUGAUACUUGCGGAUGAGGCGCGAGCACUCCAAGCUUUGUAUGGAGGCCCAAAGUGGUCAAAAUGAACUAAAUAUAUCAUGUGAAUAGAUAUAGCCAAAAUAUGUGAUAAAACAUGAGUUUGUAAAAUAAUCCAAUAGAUUUUUUGGAACUCCGAUCAUUCAUUCAUUUUCCGUAACCUGCUUAUCCAGUUAAUAUAAUGAAAUUACGUCAAUUGUGAUUUUUAAUUUUUUUCACAAUAGCAUUUCAGGUGCAUUUUAUUUAACAAUUAUUUUCAUGGCUCUGUGCCAUCAUCUUUUAAUAAUCCCCUGAAGGACCAAUAGUCUCCGAAUAUAACCUCAUAAGCCUCAUCUGCAAGUUUUAUGAGAACCAAUUCACGCUCACUGCUGUUGUAUCAGGCAAAUGUUUUGUUUAUGCUCAGGUUUUGGCUGUUUUAUUUCAGCUUGACUUGAAUUUGUCUUUUUUUUUUUUUUUUUUUUUCGAACACAAUAGGAGAGUAUGCUCUAAACAGCUUUGGUGGAUCAACAACUUGUCUAAAUCAGGAAAACUGAAUGAGCUUAAUUUUAUGCUGAUUAUGAAUGAAGCUGAAAUGUAGCCGAGAAAACAAAAAUGUAAUCAUCAGAAUACAAAACGAUAGGCAAAGGAAGAGUCUGAAAAGUUAUAGAGAUAUAGGAGAAAAGCAAGAGUAAGGAGGAAAAAUGCCGCUUGCAUCACUGUCAUUUUGAAUUAUCCUGCUGUGUGUUGCACUGGAGUGGGCUCAUCAUGAAUGCAAAUUACAGCACAACUUAAUUUACCAAGUGGAGAAAUUAUGAUCAGAGCAGUGCCAAUACCUCAAGCCAUUUAUGUGAACUUGUGGGCUGCCUGCAUGAUGUGUUCAUGUGCGUCAUUACUGUCUUUUUGUUUUGGCGAUAACACAGAAUAAAGGUUUCUGUUACUGUUGAAUGAGAUCCAAGGAAUAAAAUCUUUACACUU